CUUUAUCCCCUCUUUCCGUUCGCUUUCCCGCCCUUCUACAGCCUUUUCCCCUUUUCCCCUCCCUUGUUUCCAAUCGACCCCUUUCAAUUUCUUACACCUUUAUAUAUUUCUCUCUUUUUUGCUAGUUUCAGUAACGACAAUAUGGUUAAGGAGCGUUCGUACAAGAUUCUUGAGCAGCUGGACGAGUAUGAGCUGCAGGAUAACGGGGACUCAAGCAUGGCGGUGUACGACAGCGACUCGGACGGCCAGCACCUGACGCGGGACAUGCAGGCCAAUGUGGUUCCCUCAGCCAUGGACGGCGAUGUGCAGUGAUGCCGACGUCGACAGACGGAGUAUUUUCAAACAUGGCGGCCAAGCCCGACGUGUACUUGGGCUAUGACGACAAGGUGCCCGACGAGCCACUACCGACGUACCAAGACAUUUACGGCCCGCAGUCGGACGGCGCACCCCCGUACUUUGAGCCGGCGGUGAUUUCGGUGGGCGACGAGGAGGAGCUGCUGAUAGAGGGCCUGCCUGUGGGCUCGGUGGGCGUGUUUGUGGUGAACCUUGUGGUGUCGACGGCGUUCCAGAUUGUCGGCUACAUGCUGACGUUCCUGCUGCACACAUCACAUGCUGCCAAGAACGGGUCGCUGGCGGGCCUUGGGAUUACAUUUUUCAACUUUGGGUUCUACAUCCGCACGCACCUGGGCGAAAACCUAUUCGACGACGUGCCGAACGCGCCGCCGCAGGGCCAUCCGGGGCAGGGCGGCGAAGACGGGCAGUACGACAUGGACUCACCGCUGGACAACGCAUACUUUGCGUACCUUUUGAUGGUUGUCGGCUCAGCGAUAUUCCUAAAGUCGGUGUUCGACUAUGUCCGGAUCCGGCGGCUGCAGGCAAUUAUCGAGAGCUCGCCCGAGAUGAACGUCUAGGCCUUGUCUUGCAUGUACUUUUCAUGUUGAAA